AUGACAACCAAGACCCUCCCAACAAACUCCUCCGAGCCCUCCUAUAUCGACUACGAGGCCUUCCUCUCCCCUACAUUCUCCCCUCACUCCUUCGCUAACACUCUUGUCCUUGCAACCAACAACCCCUCUGACUCACCCCUCGACCUCGCAACACCCCUCUCCAAAGUUCUUUUCGAUAUCCAAGAAGUUAACACACAUAUUGACUCACUAACAGCUCGCUCAGCGGGGUCUUUACUCUCUCACACCCGCGACCAGACUGACGCGAGCAAAAAGAUUGCUGAUACGCUAGAGCCGCAGAUUAAGGCGGUCAACGACUCGUAUCGGCAGCUAGAGAGGGAAGUUAUUGAGCGGUAUGAGCAUGCAAAGGAAGUGAGGGAUGUUGUGGAUCGGUUAUGGCAUGCGACGAGGUUGAUGAGGGCUGUUUCGAGGGCGCUGGUGUUGGGACGGCAGCUGGAAGCGCAGUUUGCGGAGUUGAAUGCAGGCGUUAAGGGCAAGGAGGAUCACCGUGCUCUGGGGAGAUGCGUCCACACGGUUUUGGCCCUCAGGGAGUUGUUCGAUGGAAGUGCUGGAACUAAAGAUGCAGGCGGUUCCAGCAAGGAGGUUGCUGCCCUCCUUGAAAACGUGACGGUGAUCAAACAACUUAAAGACAGCAUCCUCACUCCCGUCGAAAAAACCGUCCGCGAAACCGCUGAGCGCAUCAUCCGCGAAUUCUCUGUCGGCACCACUACAUUCGCCCAAUCCGAAGACCUCAAAUCACGCACUAUUUCCGCCCUCACCUCUCUCUAUCUCCUCUCGCCCAUUCCCCUAUCCCCCGCCAAACAGUGGAACCCAACCUUCAUGCUCUCAGCCCUCGAAGCUUACCUCCGCUCGGCCCUCCAAUCUUCCAUCGCCUCUCUGUCAAGGGCACUUACCAACCUUCCCAAUCUAGACCGCACCCUUGCUGAAAUUUCCGCCCGCUGUCAGAAUAUUCUCGCGUUAGAAACAAUUCUCGACUCAACCAAACCCCCUAUUCACCCCCUCUUGAGCACCAAACUUGCCUUCUCAGGCACACUGCUUCAACCUCUUUUAACUCAUCUCGAAACGGGCUCCCUUCAAAGCUACUUCUGGCGGACCCUCGCCGCCAACAUGGCGCCUCGAGUGCAGGAGAUUGUAAACAAAGGGGGCGCGGCGGCACGAAAUCUAAAGGGGAACCGGCAGGUUGUCGGGGAUGCGUUGAGGGAGUGUGUGUUGAGGGGAGGGGAGGUGCCAAAGAAUUUUGCAGCUUCCCUGGGGUUAGCGGGGACAGGGGCUAAGGGGGAUGCAGGCAAAGGGAAGAGUUGGGAUAGGGAGGUUGCAGUUAUGGUGGGGAGUGUGGUUAAUAACUUGGGAAAGUGA